GAUCUGUCACAGUUUUUUGACACAACUAGUAUUUUUUCUUUUUCUUUCUUACUUUUUGUGUGUGUUGAUAUUGGUUCUUGCAGUCAUUGUCAAGCAGUUAUACUAGAAAACCAACUGUCUUGCAUAGUGGUAACACCUUCUGAAGUUACUUGUAGUUAAAUGCUGAGGAUGUGUUACUUAUUACCUUCCUGAAACACUGUGAUUUUUGUGUGGUUUCUUUUACAUAAGUGGAAAUGUGUGCACAGUGCACAAUAGGAUACAGACUCUGAGCAGGAAAACAGUUGAAUUUAAGCAACAAAAGGCUAAACUGAAGUCUUAAGUGUCUUUCUUUGCUUAGUUGCUAUUCAUUGACUUUCUCUGAAGUAGAUUGCCUUAAAAGUGUCUGUAAUCUCUACAACUGAAAAGCAUCUCCCAUCUUAUCUGUUUCUGUUGGGGUGGCAAAACCUGGUUUAUCUGAAUUUUUUCCCCCCCUCCAGCAAGAAAGCAGCACUAUCAGAAAGGUGAGAUGCAAACAAGAGGUGAGUGUGGUGCCUGCAUUGUGCUCAGGGUGUGUUAUAAUACCAGGGCUUAGGUGCUGAGUUGUGGGUUGCAAAGGUGGAUUUAGAGUGUGUUAGAAAGCAGUGUGAGGCUCUGUGCUGUUGCAGGUAUUGCUUGGCACAGCCGUGUAUGCAGGGCUUGCGUGGGGAGGUGCUGCUCACACAGAAUGGAGACACUGAACAAGGAAUUGCCCUCACAACAACCCCUUUCCAAAAUCCUCCCUGUGAGAUCCUCUUCUACCUUCUCAGUCCCACCAUUGUGUUAUUGGUUUUUUGGUCCUGUGAUGCACCUUGUUUUAUUUAAUGGAAUGGUAGAGAUGCUGAAUGCCUUAGGUUCAGCCACGGUACCUCUGGUACUGCUCUCAAUAAGGCUUCACUAAGAAGCAAUGCUUGUUGUGCAGACAGUCUUAGUUUUGGCCUUUCUUAGUGUUUGAGUAUUUGUUUCAGCAUUUUUGAUGUAUUUAGUAGCCUAAAUAUUGCACUUGGAAUGUUAAUAGUCACAGUCAGAACAGAACGUUUCAGAUAAGAGAAAGCUGAAAUGGGUAUUAGCAUUCUGUUUCUUCCUGAGAAGAACUUUGAGUUCUACCAUGGUAGCUGAGAAAUGUUCAGCUAUUGCACAUUUAGCUUUUGGGACUGGGAAGAACAUAAUUACACUUGAUGCCAUUCUCAUUCAGAAAGGAAUGUGGGCUGAAACACCAAAGGGUUUUGGAUUGCUCGCGAUUGGGAAAGUUCCUGAGACUGCAAUGGAGAAGUCGCCGGUUUCCUCCAGGCCCGGUCCCAUUUCCCAUCAUUGGAAGCAUCUGGUGGAUAAAUUUUAGAGCUGACCACGGGAGCCUGAAAAAGCUAGCAAAAGCCUAUGGGAACAUCUGCACACUGUGGCUGGGUCACAAACCCAUCGUGGUGCUGUAUGGCUUCAAAGCAGUGAAGGAUGGUCUCACCACCAACUCGGAGGAUGUUUCUGGGCGGCUACAGACUUACUGGUUCAACAGAUUUUCUUCUGGAAAAGGUAUCCUGGUCUCAAAUGGUCUUAUCUGGAAAGAUCAGAGACGUUUUGGAAUUGCAACUCUCCGGAAACUGGGAAUGGGGAAUAAAGGAAUGGAACGUGGGAUACAAACCGAGGCCCGGCACUUGGUGGAGUUCUUCAGGAACAAGGAUGGAAGAGCUGUUGACCCUUCCUUCCCCAUUGUUCAUGCAGUCUCCAAUGUGAUCUGUGCAGUGGUGUUUGGGCAUCGUUUCUCCCUACAGGAUGAAACUUUCCAGCAGCUGAUGGAAGCAUACAAUAAGAUCGUGGCUUUUGGGAACAGCUACAUUUACUAUAUCUAUGAAAUUCUCCCAUGGCCUUUAGAGCACCUCCCAGGACCCAUACGAGAAGUAGAAUCUUGCUGUAAUUUUAUUCGUUCUUUCAUAAGUCAAGAGAUCAAAAGUCAUAGGGAGAGACGCACAGUGGAUGAACCAAAAGAUUUCAUUGACUUCUACCUGGAUCAGAUGGAGAAAACUAGAAAUGUCCCAAAUUCUACCUAUGAUGAAGAAAACAUGUUGCAGUCUGUUUUUGAUCUCUUCCUGGGUGGCUCAGAGACAACUGCUACCACUCUACGUUGGGCACUACUCUAUAUGGUGGCUUAUCCAGACAUUCAAGAGAAAGUCCAGAAGGAGCUGGAUGCUGUUCUGGGUUCUUCCCACCAAAUCGACUAUGAGGAUCGGAAGAAACUGCCCUACACAAAUGCUGUGAUUCAUGAGAUCAUUCGCUUUAGCAGCAUUAUUUUAAUCACCAUUCCUAGACAAGCAGUGAAGGAUACAACUGUUUUGGGUUAUCAGAUUCCGAAGGGUACCAUCAUCAUGGCAAACAUAGACUCAACUCUUUUUGACCCUGAGUAUUGGGACACCCCUCACCAGUUCAACCCUGGUCAUUUCUUGGACAAGGAUGGGAAUUUUGUGAUCCCAGAGGCGUUCCUGGCCUUCUCAGCAGGUCAUCGUGUGUGUCUGGGAGAGGUGAUGGCCAAGAUGGAGCUUUUCAUCAUCUUCUGCAGCCUGCUGCAGACAUUCAAGUUCACCCCACCAGAAGGAGAUAAGGAAAUCAAUCUGAGCUUUAUCUUUGGGAGCACAAUGAAACCUCACCCCUAUAAGCUCUGUGCAGUUCUUCGCUAGGUUGCAGUGUAUGGUAGAUUUCGGGAAGAGGCAUUCCCAUGGGUUUGCAAGCAGACUGAUCUUUUCUGUACCUUUUAUAUUCCUCAUUUCUAACUCAAGUUCAGAGUGAAUCUGAACUGUUGUGUCAUGUUUCUAAGAAGCUGGACCUGAAAAAUAUUCUGGUUUUCCUUUUUGUAGCAUCUGGAAAAUCUAUUUACAUUUUUUUCUUAUAUAUUAGAAAUGAAAUAAACACAGAAAAUUUAAUAUUA